AAUAAAAAAGCUCAUUUUUAUUUUUUCUUACUAUAUUUUCUCAGUCACAAAUCAGUUUCUUGUCUCACCGAAAUUCUCAUCUCCAUAUGCCCCCCGAAAGGACCGAAACCAUCGGCCUCUCUCUCUCUCUCUCUCUAUAAAUUCCGCAUUUGAAUCUUGUAUAAAUGCGGUUAUUUGUAUAUGAUCUUUACAGUUACCAGGUUUGUGCUAUGCGGAACUUCACCUUGUGUAGGAAUCUUGCUUAAUUUUAGUUCUUGAAUUCAGAUGAGGACAGUUUCCAUGUACUUUUCCAUUUUGCAAGUUCCUAGAUGCAGAAUCCCCCCCACCCUAGGUAAUUCUUGGAGGGAAAGCUUCCACAGUUUGAGUAGGAGUGAUGGAAACAGCUCUAGCUUUAAGCUGCUUGGUUCCAAAAUCUAUGGGCUUGAUAGAGGUCACAACAAGAAAUGGACUCGAAGACCUGUAACUACAAAUGCAGAAGGAAGAAACAAAACCACCCAGCAUAGCAAACCAAGCAACAUUAUGCAUGGAAUUUUAGAUGGAGUGGUUUCAAAAAGUGCUACAAUCAAUGUAAAUAAAGAAGAGAUAAAUCAAUUCCAAAAAAUUCAAUACUGUGACAUUCAACAAAAGAUUUCCGAGAAUAAAGACCUGGCUGGCCUUGUGACAGUUAUUGUUUUCGAUAUUGAGACUACUGGUUUUGGCAGAGAGAAAGCACGGAUCAUUGAGAUUGGACUUCAAGAUCUUCUGGGGGGUGAAAAUAGCACUUUCCAUACACUAGUUAAUCCUCAAUGCUAUGUUCCAAAUCCACAUAUUCAUGGUAUUACAAGCCAUAUGGUCAAUAGACCUGAUGUUCCCAGUCGGUUAACUGUAAUCUCAUGCAGGAUGGAGGACCUGGUACCAAUCUUACUGCAGUAUGUCAGAAGCCGUGAGAAACCUAACGGAUACACAUUGUUGGUUGCUCACAAUGCUCGCACUUUUGAUGUACCCUUUUUGCUUAAAGAAUUUAGUCGCUGUUCCACAGAGAUUCCUUCAAAUUGGUUGUUUGUGGAUACGCUGCCUUUGGCACGCGAGCUGAUGAAGUCCAAAGGUUCAAAACUUUCUUCAAGAAUUUCAUUGCAAUCCCUUCGUGAGCACUAUCAAAUUCCAUUGGUUGGUUCAGCUCAUAGAGCCAUGUCAGACGUGAUGUCAUUGUCACUGAUACUUCAGAGGCUGACUUUUGACCUGAAGUUGCCACUCUCUGGUCUUGUUGAGAGAUCUUUCAGUGCCUCAGAUUUGAUCAGCUCUAAAAAGAAGAAUUAGAACUAGUUUCCAGCCGGGCUCUUGCUUAGCUACUAACUAUUUACUGUAACCAAUGAUUGAUUGGUCUGUUGAUGUGGGGUUGGGUUACUGUUAGUGACUCCACUUGGGGUUGCAUUCAAGCAAUAAUUGGGAAAGCGGGUUUUGUAAUUCAAAGAAACUGUUUGUUGUAAUUUUAACUCAAUUCAUUUCAAUAGAAUCUGUCAUUAUUUAUUCAGUCA